UACCAGGUGAGAACUGAGUGAAAGAAGAAUUGAAGGGUACCGCGUACUGUGUAGAAUUGUGGGUCCGACUAAAACGUUUUCCUUUUGACGAACAGUGGUAAUGCAAAACAAGAAUAUGUAAAUUUAAUGGACAAAAUGCGACUUUAAUGUUCUCGUGAUACAAGAAAAUAUUCAAUGCUAAUUCAAAACUUAUGUCGUCGACUAAACUUUAAUGAAGCUUUAACAAUUCUUGGCAAGAUUUGCCAUUUUUUACUAUAAGUCCAAGUUGUCUUGUCAAUUUUAUUCUGAAGAUGUCAGAUAAACUACCUAAUAAUCAAACCCAACCCAUUGUUAAAAUUGGACAUUAUACCCUUGGUGCAACAUUGGGUGUUGGUACUUUUGGAAAAGUAAAAAUUGGGGAACAUGUUCUUACAAAGCAUAAAGUGGCUGUGAAAAUUUUGAAUCGACAGAAAAUAAAAAGUCUAGAUGUGGUAGGCAAGAUUCGAAGAGAAAUCCAAAACUUAAAGCUUUUUCGACAUCCUCAUAUCAUCAAAUUAUAUCAAGUCAUCAGUACACCUACUGAUAUAUUUAUGAUUAUGGAAUAUGUUUCUGGUGGAGAGCUUUUUGAUUAUAUUGUCAAACAUGGGAAACUUAAAGAGUAUGAAGCUCGUAGAUUUUUUCAACAGAUUAUUUCUGGUGUAGAUUAUUGCCAUAGACAUAUGAUUGUUCACCGUGACUUGAAGCCUGAAAACUUACUUCUAGAUCAUAAUUUGCAUGUAAAAAUAGCAGAUUUUGGUUUAUCAAACAUGAUGAUGGAUGGGGAAUUUUUACGUACUUCAUGUGGGUCUCCAAAUUACGCUGCACCAGAAGUUAUUUCAGGCAAAUUGUAUGCAGGUCCUGAAGUUGAUAUUUGGUCUUGUGGAGUUAUUUUAUAUGCUUUAUUAUGUGGAACAUUACCAUUUGAUGAUGAACAUGUUCCAACAUUAUUCCGAAAAAUAAAAUCUGGUGUUUUUCCAAUACCAGAGUAUCUCAACAAAAGUGUAGUAAAUCUGCUAUGUCAUAUGUUACAAGUUGAUCCAAUGAAAAGAGCCACAAUUGAAGAUAUAAAAAAGCAUGAUUGGUUCCAAAAAGAUCUUCCUACAUACUUGUUCCCCUCCCCUGUUGAGCAAGAUUCAUCUGUGAUUGAUAUUGAUGCUAUAAAUGAAGUUUGUGAAAAGUUCAAUGUUAAAGAAUCUGAAGUUCAUGCAGCACUGCUAAACGGUGAUCCUCAUGAUCAAUUAGCUAUAGCUUAUCAUUUGAUAAUAGAUAAUAAAAGAAUCGCUGAUGAGGCUGCUAAGGCAGAAAUAAAAGAUUUCUAUGUUGCCUCAAGUCCACCACCAGUGGCUUUCAGUCCUAAUGAAGCAAGUGGAAGUCCUAUGAGACCGCAUCCUGAACGGAUCGCGCGUGAGUACAAGGCUCUCAGAGAUCGUCAAGGUUCUCUUAGUAGUAGUACACCUACACAAAUUCAAGGCAAUCGAGGUACACCCAUUAAAAGAGCCAAAUGGCAUUUAGGAAUAAGAUCUCAAUCAAAGCCUAAUGAUAUAAUGAAUGAAGUCUAUCGUGCCAUGAAAGCAUUAAACUUUGAGUGGAAGAUAAUUAAUCCCUAUAGUGUAAGAGUUAGGUGCAAAAAUAAAGUAAUAGAUAGAUACAGUAAAAUGUCACUGCAACUUUAUCAAGUUGAUUAUAAAAGUUAUCUUUUAGAUUUUAAAUCGUUGUCAAGUGAAGAAUCUGAAGAUCUUAUCAAAGACAUAACUUUGCCAUCGUCGCAAGCAACCGGACAUCAUACAAUGGAAUUUUUUGAAAUGUGCGCUGCGUUAAUAACGCAAUUAGCGCGGUAAAAAUGACCUAAGUCAUGUGCAAAGUACCUGCCUUUGUCAAAUUGACAAAUGUACACUGAAAAUUUUAUUGUGCCAGCUGAUUUUAUUAUAAUUUGUUUUGUAAAUACAAUAAUUGUUAUCGAUAGUCUCAUGAUUUGUAGACUGUUGAAAAUAACAUUGUAUAUUUAGUUUUAUUAAAUUAUACAUAAUAGUUGUUAUAUUUGAUCGAAACAUUCAACAAUUUAUAUGAUUUUCUGAAAAAAAGCUCUUAAAUGCAAGACAACUUUUUAAUAAAUUAAUUAAAUUAUAGGUAAUAUAACUAAUUAAAUGAGGCUUUGGAUCGUAUUGUGGAUACCUGUAUAUGUAUAAAUUAAGUAUUA